AUGGACUUCGACGAGGUCUUAUCUCUCCUGGGAGAGCUCGGCCGCUACCAGAAAUGGCUGCUCCUGUUCGUUGCUUUUCCGGCGAGCCUCCCGACGGCUGUGAACACCUUCGACCACAUAUUCAUCUCCGAUGUUCCAGAGCAUCAUUGCCACGCACCGAUCUCAGAUGAGAAAGCCUCCUUGCUGCGCACGAAAUUGGCACCAUCAGAGGACUAUCGAGAGGCUUUGCAAACGUUGUUUCUUCCGAGGGACGCGUACGGAAAGUUUUCACGGUGUCAGCAGUACGAUAUCGAUUUGAACUCUGCGAUCACCCAAGUUGUCAAAGAAGACAAAGAUAUCAACUCCUCAACUAUCGAGGAUUUCGUCGCGCGAAACCGAUGGCCAUCGGUACGCUGCGUCCAUGGCUGGGAUUACGACACCAGUGUGUACCCCGAAACCCUUGCUUCAAAGUUCAACGUUGUUUGUGAAGACCAAUGGUUGGUUUCAACAGCCCAAGGUGUUUUCUUCCUCGGCGGAGUGAUAGGGAGCGUGAUUUUCGGUUGGAUCUCAGACCGAUGGGGACGACGGCCGGCACUGCUGCUUUCGACUGCGCUCAUGACGAGUGGCAAUCUCGCUGGUUUCUUCAUCCCGAACUAUGGUACCUACAUGAUUCUCAAAUUCAUCGUCGGCCUGAGUCAUCCCUGCGUUUACAACACGGCAUUUGUGAUUGCGACCGAAAUGUGCGGAAAAGGUAGACGGAUGACAUCGACGAUCGUAUGUGAUCUCUCGUACGCCACGGCGAUCAUGCUGUUCGCAAUCGUUUCUUAUUUCGUGCGCCAUUGGCGGACCUUGAUAGCGACCACCUGGACACCUAUGUUACUCUUCAUCGCUUAUUAUUGGUUGGUUCCGGAAUCUCCCCAGUGGCUGAUCUCUCAAGGCAGGGUAGACGAGGCUGAAGUCAUCGUCCAGAAGAUUGCCAAGGUCAACAGAGUUCGGAUCGAGCCAGACUUCCUGCGGAAGAAUUUAGCACAUGAUCUGCUAUCGAUCAAAUCCGGUCGUCAGGAUUCGAACAAGGUCGGAGUUGCGCAGCUUAUAAAGUAUCCGCGGGUCACACUGAAGCUGAUCCUCAUGAUUAUCGUUUGGUCGAUUAUUACUCUGACUUGCAAUUCGCUGAGUUUCGCAGCACCUAUAAUGCCAUCGGACACAUCCGUCGCGUUUUUCCUAUCCGGCUUGUGCGAGGUUCCAGGGAUUUUUUUAGCCUUCACGGCAAUACAAUAUUUCGGUCGCAGGAGCACGUUGCUCGUGACUCUCUUCCUCUCCGGAGUCCUUUCGAUGACGACGGCUCUCGUACCGGACGAAUAUCCAUGGCUCGGCGUGCUGCUACCGUCUCUCGCGAAAUUGGUGAUUUCAAUCCCCUUCUCUGUUAUCUACCUGUAUACCGGGGAAGUGUUCCCGACGGUGCUGAGAGGUUUCGCUUUCGGUGCGUGCGCGACGGGAUCCCAGACUUCGAUGAUAGCGUCGCCGUAUAUAUUGUUCUUGAGUACCAUAUACGGGAAUCACGCUCCAUUCAUUGUCUUCGGAGUGGCCGCUAUGUUGGCUCUCCUACCGAUGCUCGCUUUGCCGGAAACACGCGGCGCACCUCUUCCGACGACUAUGGAUGAGUCGGAGAAUUAUGCAGACUUCGUCAAGAGGGCGACCAAUGUCGGCGCAGCUGAUAAGCGUGGUGCUGUGCCAGACACGUCCAGGGUAGAGACUCGGAAAGAGGGGUCUACAAUGCAACUGAGCGGCAGAAACCUAUCAUCCGGUCCAGCGACAUGAAUCCGCUCCACUAGGCAAGGUUCCUACUAUUGCUGACAUGUGUUUUACACCUAAAUACAUCAACGGUAACUUCCUCGAUUUCUCAUGUUUGAUGUUUACGAGGACGUGAAGAGAGCUCCCCGGGAUCCUUCAUGGCUUGGGAA